AUAUGGAAAGACGAGGAACCGUUUGUUCAAGGAUGCUGGUAUUCCUGGUCCGGAGCCUGUCAUUUAUAUCGGGAACUUCCAUCAGUUUGUUCUAAAGAAUGUGGACCUAGACAACUACCCAGUGGACAAAAGUCUCCUCCUUGAGAGAGGCACCAACUGGAAACGAAUCAGGAAUAUUGUAACGCCAACAUUUAGUGGCUCCAAACUUAGCCUGAUAUUGGACCGAAUAGAUCAAUGCGCCUGUAUACUUACAGAUAACUUUGCUAAGGCGGCAGAAUCAAACCAAAGUAUUGAUGUCAAACGUUACUUUGGUGCAUUCACAAUGGACGCCAUAUCAAGCACAACGUUUCGGAUCGAAGUGGAUUCCCAAAGUGACUUCAAAAAUGCUUUUGUUGAGGAGGCAAAGAAGUUCUUUGGGGAAGGAAUCCAAAACCCUCUUGUCAUGAUUGUUAUGAUUUUUCCCGCUCUCACCCCCUUGUUCAGAGCCCUAGGUGCGAGCACGUUUUCAAGGACCACUCUUAGGUUCUUCUCGAAAGUACUGAAUGAAAUGAUUGAACAACGGAAGGCUGAUUUGAAGGAAGGAAAGAUGAAAAGACAAGACUUCUUUCAACUUCUGAUGGACGCAGAGGAUGAUGGGACUGACACUCAAGGUGGAUCUCAGAAAAAAAAAAUGACCAACGACGAAAUAAUAGGUCAGGCUAUGUUAUUCUUCAUUGCUGGAUACGAAACAAUGGCCAACACCCUCCAUUUUGGUGCCUACUCCCUGGCAAAGAACCCGGAUGUACAAAAGCGGCUCACGGAAGAAAUCGAUUCGGUUUUGGGAGAUGUGUGUAAUUUUUAAAGAAGAU